CAACCGCAUCUGUAGAAUAGGGGCUCUUAACUCAUCCACUCUUUUUGUAUAAUAAUUUAAUCGUUUAAUUCGACAUGUCAACAUUCCUCCCCACCAUGUUCCGCGCCGAGAAAUUCCGCCCGCUCCUCAUCUGCUCCAUCGGCAACCCAGGCCCCAAAUACGCCAACACCCUCCACUCCGCCGGCCACAUCCUCCUCAACCAACUCCAAACCGCGCGCGAUUUCGAGACUUUUGUGUCCUCCAAACGGCUCCUCUCAAAGGACUGGGGCGGCGGCGCGGUGUCCGUCCCGCGAUACUGGACAUUCCAUCCGUAUAAAGUCAAGAAAUAUGCGGACGAUUGGGCGACGCGGCGGUAUUCCGAGGGGAAGAAUCCGAUGGAUUUGUGGACGUUGUGGAGGAGUGGGAGUUUGAUGAACGUGAGUGGGGUGGGGGUGCGGCGGGCGUGGGAGACGUGGCGGGAAGAGAUGAAGGGGAUGGGGGUAGAGGAGCGGUGGGGGGAGGGAUUGGUGGUGGUGUUGCAGGAUGAGUUGGAGGAGAAACUAGGGAAAUUGACGGUGCGGAAGUUGGAGAGUAGUUCACGCGGGCAUCGCGGGAUCAAGUCCAUCCAGGCAUGUCUACCGAAAGGAACCCCGGUGGUGAGGAUUGGGAUUGGGAUUGGGAGACCAAGCAGCCGUGAUUCCGGAGAUGUCGCACGUUACGUUCUGAAUCCCGUGUCGGCAGAUGUGGAAAAGACGCUGCUCCGCAGUGAAGGAGAUCUGACCGACAAACUCCUUGAUAUUGCUCAUGGCCACGUUUGAACCAAAUGACCUGUGAGGCCAAUGGCUUCAUCCCGGAAAUUAAGAUGAUUGGAAAGGGACGGGAUGCUACGGGUCGAUGGCUCACUUAGGACACACUUGGGAUUGUUCAACUAAAUUAAUUCUCUACCGGCGUG